AUGGACCAUGGCCCCAAAGAAGGGGACGCUGCCGGGCCGACCGCUGGCGAUGCCGCGCGAGGAAAUGCCGCCGCCACCACCACUGCCGCCUCCUCCUCCUCCGGCGGCGUGGUAGUGCAAGUGCGCGAGAAGAAGGGACCCUUGCGCGCCGCCAUCCCCUACAUGCCGUUCCCUGUAGCCGUCCUCUGUUUGUUCCUCAACACCUUCGUACCUGGACUAGGGACAUUUGUAUCAGCUUUCACAGUGCUGUGUGGAGCCCGGACUGAUCUCCCUGACAGACACAUUUGUUGUGUGUUCUGGUUGAACAUUGCAGCAGCUCUGAUUCAGAUUCUUACAGCAAUUGUGAUGGUUGGCUGGAUCAUGAGUAUAUUUUGGGGGAUGGACAUGGUCAUUCUUGCCAUUUCACAAGCAGAGCGGAGGUGUAGAUCAGCAGAGAGUGACCUUCACUGA